CAGCUGCUGUGGCUGGACUCGGAGCCAUGACUGGACGCCGCGUUUGAUGGUUGUGUGAGAGCACGGGUCGUGGCCUGUGACUCGGCUCAAACUUAAACUUGUUCCUCUUCCUCCUCCUCUUAAAUCUUUCUUCCGCAUCAUUUUUUCCUCUUCUGGAGCAACUUGGUUGGGUGAUUAGUCCUCUGAAUCUCCUUGUUUCCUCAUCCUCUACUCAAUUGGCUUGAUCCAUUCCUUGUCUAACAAGUAGUAACCACUUGCAUCAUCCAUCAUGGCUUCCAACAACAUGGUGUCACCGGCUGUGAACCCGGACAAAGAGGACGACCUCUUCCUGGCAGAAGUCCAGCAGGUCAAGGAUUGGUGGCGUGAUUCACGAUGGAGGCACACCAAGCGUCCCUUCACCGCCGAGCAGAUCGUCUCUAAGAGAGGCCAUCUUAAGAUUGACUAUCCCAGCAAUGCCCAGGCCAAGAAGCUAUGGAACAUCCUGGAGGGCCGUUUCCAGAACAAAGAUGCCAGUUAUACCUAUGGCUGCUUAGAGCCUACAAUGGUCACUCAGAUGGCCAAGUAUCUCGACACCGUCUAUGUCUCCGGCUGGCAAUCAUCUUCAACCGCCUCUUCGUCAGAUGAGCCCGGCCCUGAUUUGGCUGACUACCCCUACACCACUGUGCCCAACAAAGUCGGCCAUCUCUUCACGGCCCAGCUCUUCCAUGAUCGAAAGCAACGCCAGGAACGCUUGAGCGUACCCAAGGCUCAGCGUGCCAAACUGGCUAAUAUUGACUACCUGCGACCCAUCAUUGCCGAUGCUGAUACCGGUCAUGGUGGUCUGACUGCCGUCAUGAAGCUCACCAAGCUCUUUGUUGAGAAGGGUGCUGCUGGUAUCCAUAUUGAGGACCAGGCUCCCGGCACCAAGAAGUGCGGCCACAUGGCCGGCAAGGUGCUCGUCCCCAUUAGCGAGCACAUCAACCGUCUGGUUGCUAUUCGCGCGCAGGCCGAUAUCAUGGGCUCCGACUUGAUCGCCGUCGCCCGUACCGAUGCCGAGGCUGCAACUCUCAUCACCACCACAAUUGAUCCUCGUGACCAUGCUUUCAUCCUUGGUUCUACCAACCCCAGCCUGCAGCCCUUGAACGAUCUUAUGAUCGCUGCCGAACAGGGCGGAAAGACUGGUGAUGAGCUUCAGCGCAUUGAGGACCAAUGGAUUGCCGCUGCUGGCCUGAAACGAUUUGAUGACGCCGUUGUUGCUGCCAUUGAGGCCAGCUCUGUCCCCAACGCAGCCAAGGUCAAGAGUGACUACCUUGCUCGCGCCAAGGGCAAGAGCAACGCCGAGGCUCGUGCUCUCGCCAAGAGUCUGCUUGGCAAGGACCUCUUCUUCGACUGGGAGGCUCCUCGAACCCGAGAGGGCUACUACCGCCUGAAGGGUGGCUGUGACUGCGCCAUCAACCGCGCUAUUGCUUACGGCCCCUUCUGUGAUGCUGUCUGGAUGGAGAGCAAACUGCCCGAUUAUGCUCAAGCCAAGGAGUUUGCCGACGGUGUCCACGCUGUUUGGCCUGAGAAGAAGCUCGCAUACAACCUCUCACCCUCUUUCAACUGGAAGACUGCCAUGCCUCGUGACGAGCAGGAGACUUACAUCCGUCGACUUGCAAGCCUGGGCUACUGCUGGCAGUUCAUCACCCUUGCUGGUCUACACACGACCGCUCUCAUCAGCCACCAGUUUGCCAGCGCAUACGCCUCCCAUGGCAUGCGUGCGUAUGGUGAGCUUGUCCAGGAGCCCGAGAUGGAGCAGGGCGUCGACGUUGUCAAGCACCAGAAGUGGAGCGGUGCCAACUACGUUGAUGAGCUGCAAAAGAUGGUGACUGGUGGAGUGAGCUCUACGGCGGCCAUGGGUAAAGGAGUCACUGAGGACCAAUUCCAUUAGGGACCUCUAUUUUCUCUCCCCCCAUUCCUUCACCCCCCUUCCGCCAAUCUUUAUACCCUGUUCCAGAGCAUGAGAGGAGUAAAUUGGUUUUAGUUUCUUGGAUAAUACGUAACACCUGAUUUGGGAUCAAAAGAUUGACUACUACAGAAACAUAGUUAAAAAAAAAUUUGUUACACAUU